UGUUAGGUUAGGAAAUGAAUAAUGAUUGCGUGCGUGCCGACCACUGUAACAAAUGCAGUGGACAAUCACAACAUCAUCAUCAUCCAACUUGUGCUUACUGCUACUGCUACAGUAUCAAUUUCAACUUCAUACGCUACCUCACCUUCAAUUCUUCAAUCAAACGACACCGUUUUCCCCACCCUCUCCAAACCCUAAUUCUGCCCCCCUUCGAUGGAGAGAUCCGAUAGCCACGAGCUCAGUAAGACUUCUUCAUCAGAUGAUAGGCUUUUUGAUGCUUCACAAUAUGCUUUCUUCGGUCGACCUGCCAUGGACAAGGUUGACUUUGGGUGUUUAGAAGAAGACGGUGAUAAUCCUUUGAUUGGAGUUGCUGUCGCUGAUGAUGAAUACCAUUUAUUCGACCGCGAAGAGGAACCAGGUGUAGGAUCCCUAUCCGAUUUAGACGAUCUGUCAACUAUUUUUUCAAAGUUAAACAGAUCUGUUAGCGGACCUAGACAUCCUGGAGUCAUCGGAGAUCGAGGGUCAGGAUCAAUUUCAAGAGAAAGUUCGUCUGCGUCUGACUGGGUACAAGAUAGAGAUUUACCCGAGUGGUUAGAUCAACACAUCUCCGACACCGAAAGCAGCCACGUAAGCAGGAGAUGGUCUUCGCAAUCAAGUAUCUUAGAUUCUAAACCGUUGUACCGAGCCUCAUCGUAUCCUCACGAAAAGCACCAGUUUUUCACCGAGCCCGUACUGGCACCAAGUUCGUCUUUGCCGUCAUUUUCUCCCGGUAGCCAUCUGAACCGUCCAUCUGGAAUCGGUAGUCCCCAUAUACCCUUUUCAGAACCGAAUCUUUCUCCUUUAGGUGGGCUCCCUCAUUCGUCUCGUUACAACCGUACCCAAUUGCUCCAUCCGGGCUUAACCCAAUUCGCUCACGCCCAACAGGCCCAAAACCAAUGGGCUAACCACACGUUACAUGUUGAUCAUGCUGGACUGCUGAAUAAUACUUUUCAACAAAAGUUGCUUCAAAACGGGUUCUUAUCACCGCAUUUUAUGUCACCGUAUUCUCUACGGUUCAGCCCGUUUGCGCUCCAGCCGCCAUACUUAUACGAUAACCUCGCGUCGCAUUUAAGUAAAUACGGGUCACCCGAUACACGGAGUCAGAGAACAAAACAAAAGAGUAAACACAGGUCACGCGCUUCUCGUCAGGGCUCUGAUAGCAGCAAUCAGAAGAGCGAGAAUAAAUGCCAGAUACAAUUCAGAUCGAAAUACAUGACAUCUGAAGAGAUCGAAAGCAUUCUCAACAUGCAACAUGCUUCGACACAUAACAAUGAUCCAUAUGUUAGUGAUUAUUAUCAUCAAGCCCGUCUUGCUAAGUAUUCUUCCAAAAACAGUUUCCAUCCGGCUCACCUUAAAGAUUCACCAAAAAACCGUAACGGUUCAGAUUCAAAGCCUCAUAUUAAUGUGGAUUCACAUGGAAGGAUUUCAUUCUCGUUAAUUCGUAGGCCACAACCGCUUCUCGAGGUGGACUCGUCAUCCGGUUCAGGUGACGGUGGGUCGGAAUCGAAAAGUUCGGAGAAAUCUCUAGAGCAAGAACCGUUGCUUGCCGCUAGAAUCAUGAUUGAAGAUGGGCUUUGCGUACUCCUGGAAGUGGACGACAUUGACCGCUUUUUGCAGUCAACUCAGCCGCAAGAUGGCGGUGCUCAGGCGAGACAGAAGCGGAAGAUUCUUCUAGAAGGAUUAGCGGCAGCUCUCCAACUUGUGGACCCACUUGGUGUAAGUUCAUCUGGGCUUGCCGCUAAAGACGAUAUUGUGUUUUUACGGGUCGUAUCUCUUCCCAAAGGACGGAAACUUAUUUCUAAAUAUCUUCAACUUCUGUCACCGAGUAGCGAGCUGGCAAGAAUCGUGUGUAUGACCAUUUUUCGUCAUUUGAGAUUUUUAUUCGGGGGACUUCCGUCUGAAAUCGAAGCAUCCGAAACUGUCACGUCACUAGCAAAGAUAGUGAAAACGUGCAUAACCUCCAUGGAUCUUAAUUCGUUAAGUGCUUGUCUUGCGGCUGUAGUUUGCUCACGAGAACAACCGCCGCUUCGCCCGCUUGGCAGCCCAGCUGGCGACGGAGCAUCCGUUAUUCUAAUAUCCGUUCUAGAAAGAGCUACUCAGCUGUUACACAGUGCGAACUCGGGUUUACAAAACCCGACACUUUGGCAAGCUUCAUUCGAUGCUUUUUUCGGGCUUUUGACUGAAUAUUGUUUAAGUAAGUACGACAGUUUAGUUCAAGCUAUGUAUGCACAGGCGUCACCGAGUACCGAGAUUGUGUUAUCCGAAGCUGCAAAAACAAUUAGCAGAGAAAUGCCGGUGGAACUUCUUCGGGCUAGUCUGCCUCAUACAGAUGAUAGUCAAAAGAAGAUGUUGGUUGACUUUUCUCAAAGGUCAAUGCAUGUUGGUGGAUUGAGUGGUCAUAAAGGUGAGGGUGGUCAGGUUGCGCCUGAAUCGGUUAGAGGAUGAGUGAAUGAAUAAGAGGAGUUUGUUGGACAUUUUCAUCUGCCAGUUGAAGGUGGUUUUAUAAGGCCUGUGGUGGCUGAAGUUUGUUUAUGGAGGGUUUAUAAAAACAUUAGAUCAUAAACCUUGUGUGUGAACCAACACUUGUUUUUCAAUUGGUUCGGGUAGUUUGUUUAUGUACAGGUUCUAUAAGUUUGUAUAAAUUAUAUUGCUUCUUUGUUAUUGUGUUAUUUUUCCUUUCUCUGGAUGAAGUUUUAGUAACUUAUAUAUACUCUAUGAAUAUAA